UAUUUUGCAGCAUGGUGCUUCUGAAAUGAUCUGUGAUGUUGUAUGACAUUUUCGGAACUAUCAUAUGACCUUUCUAUAGUGGGGUUUUGAAGUUGCCCCAGCUGUGAACAAAAAGACCACACAGGUUAAAAGGGAAAUUCAGAAACUUAACCAACACACAAUUCUUUCUGCGAAGGAGGAAUAAUACGCGUACAGGAGAAGUCUUUUACAGCUUUGUCCUUCAGACUAUUCAAUCCAAGAGAUGUCCGGGAAGGCUUCCAGCAAUAAUUCAGUUGUACAAGCACAAAAGUUGAUCCACCAACUCAGGAUUGAAGCAGGAAUGGAAAGACUGAAGAUCUCACUGACAGCAGUAGACCUGGUCCAGUAUUGUCAGGAGCACAAGCGCUGUGAUCCUUUGUUGACUGGAAUCAACUCUUCAAUGAAUCCAUUCAAAGACAAGAAGUCCUGUGUGUUGCUGUAA